GAUGAGAAGAUUGAUACUACUGUCAUGUCUGUUCGGUAAAUAUGGAGCUACAGUCAGCAGCUGGAUAGCUUAGCUUAGCAUUGAGACUGAAAACAGCUGGCCUGGCUCUGUCCAAAGGUAAAUGCAUGCACCUGAUCACUUGUAAGAUCAGGUGCAUGCGUACUCUGGAGAACAUCUGCUUGAAAUAUCCAGAAACAAUUUCUCUGCAAAAGCAAUGCUGAUGGUGGAAAAUGUCACUGUUUCCCUCAGUAAUUUCAUUGCUCCUUUACAUUUUCUACACACUGUCAGACUGUCUGGCGUGUUUAAGCAGCUGCAUUGACUUGUUUGGGAUUUUCUGUCAGCCAUCUGUGUCUGAGUGAGUAUGUGUGAGGAGAAAGGGAGAUGGAGGAGGUGGCAGAGAGACAAUGAGAGAGUGAGAGUUAGAAAGGAAGAGAGAGAGUCAGAGAGUUGAAAGAGGGAGACAACCAAAGAGGUGUUUCUUGCUUGUAAAGAGAGCUGCUUGGCUUCUUCCUGCAUUUUUGCCUCUAUAAGGUAAGUCUACACAUUAUUGAUACAAUACACCUUCAAAUAGGUCAAUUGUAACUGUACAAUAAUGGCUCUAAAAGAACAAUUAUCUUGAUUUUGCAACUGGCUAUACUGGCAGUGUAACAGAUUGUACAGUGUGUGCAUGUCAGAUUUGAAUUAGACCUGUUUUGUCCUAAUUAAAAUGAAAUGUUUGACAGAUGAACAUAAUUACAGUGCACUCAGCAUGCUGCACCCUCUAAUUAGUCAGUUUUCAUUGAUAUUUAUAUACCUCUAGAUUUAACUCCAAUUGUUUUGAUGAUUUGUUCACAAAAGGUAGCAUAAUGUGGUCUGACAAUGCAACAGGUUUCUGAGCAAAUGCAUUCCUUCAGGGUGACCGACUUUCUUUGAUCAUUUGAGUACACACUGAUCUCUAAUGCUAAGCUUCUCUUUAUCUUCAAACAUGUAUAUGUCUGUUAUCCACUGAAUGAUUUGUGUCAAUGACUUAAUCUUAAAUGGGUUUUCAUGGACUUAGAUAUGCUUAAUGUAAGUUUAAGGUAAAUCAACAUUUUUUUAGGCUAAAAAUCACUGUAUUUGUAGUGUAUAGCAAUAUAUGUACUAUAUUAACCCAAUGUUCAAUAUGUUAUAAAAAAUACAUUCAUUAGAAUAGCAACAAGGAAAUUGUGCACAUUUUAAAAAAUUCAAUACACCAAAAAAGGAUGAACAUUGAAUUGUAAGAAGUAUCCCUUAAAUGGCAGCUGCAGAUUUAUGCCUCCCAGAGUAUGAGAGAGCAAUUAUACAGCAGGCGCUCCUCCUCUUACCUAUUUCUGGCUGGCUGCACUGCUGAAUAGUGCACACCAAAUCUAUGCAACACCAUGAAAAAAGUGGGUAUUCCAGCACUCAUUUAAAAACAGACUAAUUCAAAAACAAUGACAUCAGACCUGAAUAAUGCUUGCUAAUGGCCAACAUCAUUGUCAGUUAAUCUAUUUAAUCUUUUCUAACAUUGUGGAGGAACUUGGAAAUGAAACCCAUUAUCUUUAUUAAACAUAACCCAAUGCAGUCAUGGAAUUUAAAUACUAUUUCUCUAUAACAUCUUUCUAGCUCUCAACCAGCUGCCUCAUCAUGAACCUCUCAGAGCAGAUUUCAUUUCUCUUGAGCUGCAAUGUCAGCCCAAGUGAGAUGCCACAGCUCGACAUAAGUGUCACCAAAAGUGAGCCGCUGACAGUUGCUGUCCCCAUGACCAUCUUCUACAGCAUCAUCUUCUUUUUUGGAGUCUUGUUCAAUGGUGUGAGCAUCCUGACCCUCCUCAUGGAUGCUCACAUGCGAGUUAGUGCCAUUCGUUUCUACCUUCUCAGCCUGGUCAUAUCAGACAUUCUGCAGCUGUUGACUAUUCCAGUAACUUUGUAUCGGUACUACUGGGAGAGCUACCCAUGGCGUCUGGGCCAAGCCGUGUGCAAGGUCUACUUUAUGGUCCGCCAAGUGUACUGUGCCACCACAAGCUGGGUUAUUGUGACCUUCACCACAGAGCGCUAUGCAGCUAUUUGCCACACCAUGUGGUCUGUCUCCAGCCUUAAGAAGUCUCGGUUGCCGUGCCUUCUUUCAGUAUGGAUCAUUUCUCUGAUCUCAGCUGUACCCUUUGCUGUGGUCUAUGACCAGGCUCGCGCCUGUAUUCUGAACUACAAAGCUACCACACGAGAAGAUGCCUUCCAUGUCUCCACAAUGUGUGAGAUGACUGAGCCUGAUCCUGCACACAUCUAUAAAGGCGCUCUACUCCUGAGAGCGGGGUUCUUCUUUCUGGUACCACUUGUCUCCAUCUUUACUCUCUAUCUCCUCAUCCUGCUCUACCUGAGGAGGAAUGGACGUCAAAGGAGAAACAUGGGCAUCAUGCAGCCGGACCCAGAAGGAAGACGAGAUAUCCAGUGCCAUCAGAAUGGAAAGCUACUUUUAAAUGAAAAGAGAGCUCUAAAACUCAUGGGUGCAGUUGUGGUGGCCUUUUUUGUUUGCAACUUUCCCGACAUUGCCUCAUCACUGAUGCAGGUCUAUGUGGUUGUGUGGUCCGACACAGUCCUUUCUGUCUACACAAUCCUGAAAUCGUACUUGUCGCUCCCACUGUGGUAUAUCAACGGUGCUCUGGACCCGCUGCUUUUCUGUAUUUCCUCGCACACAUUUCGCAGGGCAUGCUGGAGAACUCUGGGUAGGCUCAGGCCUCACUGCUACUGGAAGUAUGGGGGAAUGUCUUGGCUGCGGCAGCGAGGUUCUAGCGAAGAAGCAAGCACAACAGCCAGAGAGAGGAUUGAUGGAAAUGCUAUAGAGAGAAGAUGGACAAAAACAGAACUACAGUCACUAACAAAUCAGACAAGAGGGAUGGAGAUAGCCAUGAAAGCCCUUUUCAACAUGAGCUACAACAACAAGCACUCUGAAUUUUAA